GGAAGUGCGGCUCCUUGUGUGAACCUCCAAGUGCAGCUAUGGGGCCACCGGGAGGAAAGAUCAAUCGUCCGCGGACGGAGCUGAAGAAGAAGUUGUUCAAGCGCCGGAGAGUGCUGAGCAGGGAUCGGCGACGGAAGCGCCAGGUGGUCGGGGCCGUGAUAGACGAAGGGCUGAUUACGAGGCACCACCUCAAGAAGCGGGCGUCCAGUGCACGUGCCAACAUCACACUAUCCGGGAAGAAGCGCAGGAAACUCCUGCAGCAAAUCCGCCUUGCCCAGAGAGAAAAAGCAUCCAUGGAAGUGGAAGCCCCCUCCAAGCCAACCAGGACUAGUGAGCCACAGCCCAAACGACAAAAGAAGAUAAAAGCCCCCCAGGAUGUAGAUAUGGAGGAUCUUGGAGAUGAGAGCUAAAGUCCCUCCCUCUUCUAUUAGAAGAUUCUCAACCUCGGCCAAAAGGAUUUGGAAGACUUUGGAGAAAAUACUACCAUAUUUCACUGUCCCAGAUACUGCUUCCAUAAUGAGCCCAUUGGACUCACAUAUUGGGAGGGAAGAGAACACGGAAAAAGACUGUAGAGGGCCCUCUCUAACAGUCAACUCUUGUAAUAAAGCCCUAGAGCUUUGA